AUCCUUUUUGUGGACGGCAUGCUGCGAAUUGAAGUUUUGUCAUCGGUGGAAAGGAGGAGGAUAAGGAAAAAGUUUUGCUCGUGACGUCAUAUGUUUUGAUCACGUGAACCAGAGCAAUAGUAGUUGCGUUAGUUAUGGCGGCUGCCUUAAGUUCGACUGAUGAGGAUGCUGAACUGAGUGCCCAGGACGGGAACAACGAUAACGACAGCAACAACAACAACAAUAAUAAUAGCACUAAUUGUCGACAACAGAGCCCUUAUUCUUCUCCUUCACCGUCUGAUGAUGUCAUUGAAAAAUCAGCGGAACAAAGUAAUAACAUAGUAGAGUUUUUACCACUUUCCACGGCCUGGACUUUUUGGAUCGAUAAUUCAAUGCCUGGCACAACUGUUGCUGAAUAUGAGAGCUGUUUGAAAAAGAUAUAUACUGUCACUACUGUUCAGAAAUUCUGGAGUGUAUAUAACAACAUACCUGAUGUGAAGUUUCUGAGUAAUCGUUGUUCCUACCACUUAAUGAGAGGCAAAAGAAGGCCUGUAUGGGAAGAUGAAUUCAAUUGCAAGGGAGGUCACUGGCGUUUUAAAUGUAGUAAGAACUACACGUCAACUCUUUGGAAGGAAUUGUUGCUGGCCGCCAUAGGAGAACAACUUAAUGAUUCCCUGGCAAAAGGGGAUGAAAUUGGAGGAGUGAGUUGUAGCAUACGAGGUCGGGAUGACAUACUUCAAGUGUGGAAUACUCAGGCUCACCUUGUUGAAAAAAGUUCAUUAACCAAGAAGAUUGAGUCCAUGUUUCCAGGAGUUACUUUCAUAUCAGUAUACUAUAAAGGUGUCAAUUUGCAUAAUUUUAAAUGGAACAUUAAUGGUCUCAAGGAGCCUACCAAGACCAUUGGCAAAUCCCGUGUCUCCUGACAUAACAAGUAAAAAAAAAGAAAAAAAAAAAAGAAAAAAAAAAGGAAAGUACAACAAAUGUUUUGUCAUUUUGUCAAAAAGAAUUAUGUACACUAUAAUGGAAAUUAAAGUUCUGAAAUGGACAAAUAUUAAUUUCAUUAUCAGUGAUUUCAUUUUCAUAAAACUCUUGGUAAACAAAGCUUUGUAAUAUAGAUUUGCUUCCUGGUUGAGUCAUCUCAAUCUCAUUUAACCUUUCUAAUCAAACCUGCUGUUAGGGAUAGGCUCUCUUAAUCUGAACUGUCCUCGACAAACUACAUGACAAGACCUUAAGCAGUGAUGGUCAUUUUAGAGUUACAGGAGAUUUUAGUGUCUUUUCUGUGCACUCACUCAGUAGUAGCCACUUAUUGUGAUCAUUUCUGAUGUUAGUAAAUGACUGGUAAAUUCAAGUAGAGGAUAUAACAAUUAUUGGGAGCUUUGAUUCUUAUAAGUAGAUGAUUUUUAACUAGUCUCAUAUAAAGAAUUUGGAAUCCACUAUUUUUGAUAAUGACCAUUUGAUAACACUUUAUAAUUAUAAUAAACAUGCUUCGUAAAAAGCAUUCAUGCUGGUACCAUGUCAAAAGCACUCUUGCCAGCGCUGUGCAGAAAAGAACCCCUUCAGGUGCCAUGUCAAAGCACUUGUACCAGUGUUACAUAUGAUGCACUAGUUCUAUGUACAAAACACCCAUGCUGGUGCCAUAUAAAAAGCACCCAGUACACUCUGUAAAGUGGUUGGCAUUAGGAAGAGCAAAAGCAAACAAUUGGAGCCUGGCAGCUCUUCGGCUGACCAACGCCUGCCAAACUGUCGAACUAAUGCCGGCACAGGAAAUGGACACUAAAUGAUGAUCUUCCUAUAUACAUACAUACACCGAUACUGUCAAUCACCCUGACAACUUAACACAUCAUCAUCUCAUCCACCCUAUUUACUAACAUAUGACUCCACCACUGCAUCAUAAUUAUCACCUACAACUAUCACAUCUGAUAUCUCUUUAGUUAGUGGGCUUUUUCUUUUGAUCUAUGUUGGCACUGAUUAUAUGUGAUUAUAGUAGAUGGCUUCCACUGUAUGCAUGUAUGGGUGUACACACACACACACACACACACUCUCACUCACACACACACUCUCACACACUCACUCACUCACUCACUCACUCAAAGAAUUCAGUAUUGUGAGUUGAGAAUCAAACAUUUGGUCUAUUUCUGGAAGUAGAUUAUGAAGAAGGAUGGUAUUGUGUAGGGCAGACCAUUCCAACCCGCGUGGGCAUGGGAAAUUGUCAUAAAAUGGUGGUGAUGGUAAUCUCUCUCUCUCUCUAAGACAUUUCCCAAGAUGCCACUCAACAAAAUUGAACCUGAAAGCAUGUGGUUGGGAAGCAAACUUCUUAAUCUUCACAAGUCAUACCUGUGCUUUUAUAUAUAAAAUCUGUCUUGUCUCUGGGAAACUCAUUCGGCUACAAAAAAAGCUGCCUUAGAAAACCUAUCGAAACCAACAAUGCACAUAAAAUGAUAAUAAUAUAUAAAAUUUCUAAGUAAACCAAAUGUUUGAUUCUUUAAUUGCAAUGCUGCUCAUGGUAUCAUUCUAUCUCUUUAACUUCAGGUUUUCAACUCCUACGUUGCUUUAUAUCAAAACAAAAUAUUUCUUUCAUAUACCAAAUGUUUAAAUUUUUGUUUUACUUUAUGAUGCAUUUUGUGAUUAUCAUUAACAUCUAAUCUAAAUUAAGUC